UUCGAAUUUUUCACUAAAAACUUCACCAUUCACUCCGCAAUUAUUAUUUUUAUUCGUUUGAGCUUCAGUCAUCGAUCUCCGGUAACAUUGACUAAUUUUGAAGAAAUUUUAGUACACGUUUUGAACCAAAACAAAUGUGAUUAUCAUGUUGUUAACAAAUUGUUCCGGUUAAAUUCUUCUCGUUAUGAAAGCCAUCGUCGAGUAUCUGCGUAGCUGUCUGUGCAAAAUAAUGAUGCUGUGAACAGGAACUCAUCAAAUAGAUACACGAAUCAUUCCAUAAUUCGAUUUACAAUGGCCCUAAUUUCACUACGUCUACGAUUGAUUCAAUUCAAAAGGAACAAAUCGCUUAAAAUAUUGACUGGUUGCGCAAUCCUAGCAUUCCUGUUACUUUUACUAUAUGCCAAAUCACAGAAUGUCAACACGUUUCUCGAUAAUCCCCAGAGCUAUGUGUUACGAACAGCGAUGGUCGUUUUUACCGACGAUCGAGCUGGUAAUUUCGAACCACCUCCGGAACCGGUGAGAAAUGGUCCAGGUGAAGCUGGUAAACCUCAUCGAGUUGCCAGUCAUAAAGAAAAUGAUGCUAAUACUGCGAUGAACGAGUACGGUAUGAAUAUGGCUGUAUCCGAUGAAAUCUCACUCGAUAGAUCUAUUCCUGAUUUACGUAUGACUGAAUGUAAACAUUGGGAUUACCCUGAAGAUUUGCCUAAAGUUAGCGUUAUUCUUGUAUUCCAUAACGAAGGUUGGAGUUCCUUACUUCGAACUGUUCAUAGUGUUUUGAAACGAACACCUCCUCAAUUUUUAGAAGAAAUUUUAUUAGUCGAUGAUUAUAGUAAUAAAGAUCAUUUGAAAGCUCCACUGGAAGACUACAUCGCUAGAUUCGGUGGUAAAGUGAGACUAUUAAGGAAUAAAGAACGAGAAGGUUUAAUUAAUACUCGAUCGAGAGGAGCUCGUGAAGCACACGGUGAAGUAAUCCUGUUUCUCGAUGCUCACUGCGAAGUAGGAUACAACUGGUUACCUCCUUUAUUAGCUCCUAUCUAUAAAGACAGAACCACGAUGACGGUACCGGUUAUAGACGGAAUUGAUCAUGACACUUGGGAGUAUAGAGCGGUCUACGAAGCCGGUCAUCAUUUCCGCGGUAUUUUCGAAUGGGGCAUGUUAUACAAAGAAAACGAACUCCCACCGGAAGAACGAAAGAAACGAGUUCAUGACAGUGAACCUUACGAUUCACCGACUCAUGCUGGAGGUUUGUUUGCCAUAGAUAGGAAAUAUUUCUUGGAGAUUGGAGGCUACGAUCCGGGUUUAUUGGUUUGGGGUGGCGAAAAUUUCGAACUGUCUUUUAAAAUAUGGCAAUGCGGUGGAAAGAUCAAAUGGGUCCCGUGUUCUCGAGUUGGUCACGUGUAUCGUGGAUUUAUGCCUUACAGUUUUGGUAAAUUGGCUGAUCGGGUUAAAGGACCUCUGAUUUUAAAUAACUAUAAACGAGUAAUCGAAGUUUGGUUCGACGAUAAAUUCAAGGAAUACUUCUACACCAGAGAGCCCUUAGCCAGAUACCUGAACAUCGGCGACAUCACCGAACAGUUAGCUUUAAAAGAAAAUUUAAAAUGUAAAAGUUUCCAAUGGUUUAUGGAUAACGUAGCCUCCGACGUUUACCAAAAAUUCCCAGAAUUGCCUCCCAACCUCUACUGGGGCGAGGUUCGAAACGUGGCUACUGAUAAAUGUAUGGAUACAAUGGGUGCCGCUGCGCCUGCCAUAAUUGGAUUAGGCUUAUGUCACGGUCAUGGAGUUAAUCAAUUAUUCCGUCUAAAUGCCAAAGGUCAAUUGGGUAACGGAGAGCGGUGCGUUGAAGCCGACAAGCUCGGUAUUAAAUUAGUAUUCUGCCGUCUGGGAAGCGUAGAAGGACCUUGGCAAUAUGAUUCAAAACAUUCUACAAUACUACAUUCCGGCCAACGUAAGUGUUUGGCAGUUCAUCCUCAAACGUCACAUUUAAUAUUGUUACAUUGCGAUCCAAUAAACACUUAUCAGCAAUGGAUAUUUAAAGAAAUCGUACCCAAGUGGAAGUAAUCCCACGAUACUGGUUAAAUAUUAAGUCUUCUGAAACGAGAUAACGAUGUAUGUGACAAUAAAAACAUCACUAUGAAGAGUCUCACAGCUGCAGCUGCGCGGCUUUGCGAAUAAUGUUGAUCAAAAGAUACGCUUAGCUCAUUCGUGUGUCGUAUAAAGUUAUAUUCUAUACUACUUAAGCGAUGUAAUAUUUUUUUUUUGUAUCAAAAUGUUUCUAAGUGUGUUCUAAUUUAUAAUGAGAAAUGUUUACAAAUGUGAUAUAUGUUCGUGUGUUUUUUUAUAUUAUACUUAUACUUAUAGUGUAAAAAAAUUAUUACUUGUUUGAAAAAGCUAGAACAAAAAUAAGAAAAAUAGCUUGUGAUUAAUGUGUACUUAAUUUUUACAGCAAGCCAUGUAAUUGUUUAAUGUUUACUUAGUGUUAUUUAUUUAAAAAAUUUACGUGCGGUUUGUUACCUAUUUAGAAGUCAUAAUGACCAUGUCCGUGUUAGUACAAGUAUUGUAAAUUGUUGUUAUUUUUUAAAGGACAAUAAAUUUUAUAACGAUUUGCGA